AGAAGCGAACCUAAAAGAACACGUGUGCUACUUACUUGCAACAAUAUGGCGCCGCGCAGAGAAUUUCGAUUUAACCUCAAUUCGACAAAAGUAUCGAAGAAAAAUACCAAAAAAUGGUAUGAGAAUUACUUAGAAUGGGGAAAAUUAAGUUCCUUAUUCACAGAUCCAAGAAAAUUGUUUUUAAUUGGAAGACUGUUUAUCAUUUUGGAAAUCAUUCUAAACAUAUUGAUUAUCGAAAAGAUACCAUAUACAGAAAUCGACUGGAAAGCAUAUAUGCAAGAAGUCGAGGGCUUUUUGAAUGGAACGUUGGAUUACUCGAAAUUGAAAGGUGACACUGGACCAUUAGUCUACCCUGCAGGAUUUGUUUAUAUAUUUUCUAUAUUGUACUUCAUCACGGAACAUGGAACAAAGAUAAAAAUAGCACAGUAUUUCUUUGCAGUUCUAUAUAUUGUGCUACUCACAUUAGUUUUUCGAAUUUAUACGAAAACUAAAAAAGUUCCUCCGUAUGUUUUGAUCAUUAUGUGUUGUACAUCUUAUAGAGUUCAUUCUAUAUUUACCUUAAGACUUUUUAAUGAUCCAGUUGCAAUGGUGUUGUUAUUUGCUAGUCUGAACGCAUUUCUAGAUGACCAAUGGUAUUUAGGCAGUAUUUUUUAUAGUAUGGCUGUGUCUGUAAAAAUGAAUAUUUUACUAUUUGCACCAGCACUUCUCAUAGUUUACAUAUGUAAUUUAGGAAUACUCAAGACAAUAAUACACUUACUUAUAUGUGCCUUAAUUCAGUUAGUAUUAGGUCUUCCUUUUCUACUUAAUAAUCCAUUUGCAUAUAUAAAAGGUGCUUUUAAUCUUGGAAGGAUUUUUGAGUUUAAAUGGACAGUAAAUUGGAGGUUUUUACCAGAACAUAUUUUUGUCCAUUCAUAUUUUCAUGUAUCAUUGUUAGUGUUGCAUAUAUUAACUUUAAUUUACUGUACAUCAUCAUGGAUAAAAUAUAUGAAGUCGUAUGCAAAAUUAAAGUAUAUGGAAAAAAAAUUGCAACCUCAACUAAAAAAGAAAGAGAAAGUAGAUAUGUCUACGAUGAGUCAAUUAUUUAUUUUUCCAAUGUUUGCUGCAAAUUUUAUUGGUGUAACUUUUAGUAGAUCAUUGCAUUAUCAAUUUUACAUAUGGUAUUAUCAUACAUUGCCCUAUAUUGCAUGGUGUACAGACUAUAAGACUGUAAUAAAAUUAACAAUUUUGGGCAUAAUAGAAUUAUGCUGGAACACUUAUCCAAGCACCGUGUUCAGCAGCAUUUCAUUACAUAUAUGCCAUUUGAUGUUGUUAUUUGGUUUUAUGAAACAUAAAUCUAAAACUGAGAAAGGAAAAUAAAUAAUAAAUAAUUUUUGUAUAAUA